CUUGGGCGGGGGCGUUGGAGAGGGAGAACUAAUGGAUGCGAUAUUAGCAGCGGACGAAGCCUAUGCUUGUAUCCUGUCAGAGUUUAUAGAGGUGGCAAUCCAUCUCGUGCUCUAUGUGAGGAAGAUAUAUCCACCAGGAUUGUUCCAGCGUAGGCGCAAGUAUAAUGUUCCAGUUCACAUAUGUGCUCAUCCUGAGUUGAACAAGUACAUCAGACGAGUUGUUGAUGAUGUCAAGCCAAUGUUGGAGGCAAAUCAGGUCGACCACAUUGCCAUUGUCAUCAAGAACAAAGAGAAUAUUCCAGUGGAAAGCUUUGUGUUCAAGACACAGAAAGGAACUGCUAAUGACAUCUGUUCAAAGGGGUUCUCAGAGACACUGGAGAGAGAUCUAAGAACUCUCUUACUGAAGCUCAGUGGCAGUGACUCCUUGUUGAGCGAUAACCCACCAGACUCCACAUUCAGUGUCGAGGUAUGUACUUCAGAUACGGCGGCAGCAUCCGCUACUGUGGCCACAGAGCAGGGUCAACAGGUUAGGUUGCUCCCGCUCACCAAAUGCCACAAACAACUGUUGCAAUUUUUGCCAUGUGAAACAAGAGAACAAAUCUAUUGCAGGACUUUCCUUGGGUUGUGGAGAAUGAGUCGGACAUGGAGGAGUGCAGUGAAGGAAGCUGGAAUAUAGUGCCCCUAAAAACACUGUCAAACGACUUUAUUAAGGUAUCGUUACUUGCCAAGGAAUGUAAGUCAAACAAAUCUAAUUAACUUUUAAUGCAAUUCUGCAGUGGUUGUACACUAUUAUAAUUAUAUUAUGUGCAAACGAAGGACGUGCACAAUUUUUUGAAUGCGCAUAAAAAUUGACGGGCUGGGUCAGCCAGUGCC